GGGGAUAUUUUUAUAAAUUUUACUGCUGUGAACAUCAGGCUUUUUGCUAAUUUUCGCCAAUCAGCCACAAUCUGAUGGAGGCAAACUGCACGGUUCGAGUGUCGUCUGGCGUGAUCCGAGGCGUAACGGCACCGCUACCGAACGGCGAGCCCUGCUUCCGGUUCAAGGGAAUCCCGUAUGCCGAACCACCGGUCGGAAGUCGUCGCUUCCGUCCGCCCCAACCGUUCAAACAACACGCCAAGCCCGUACCGCUGGAUUGUAGCGUCGAACGAUGCGUCAGUUUAGCCAGCAGCUACCUUCCGCCGGAUGCUAUCGGUUCGGAAGAUUGUUUGUUUUUAAAUGUUUACACACCGAUAAACCCGACGGUGGUAGACGGCUGUACGGGAACCCUCCUACUGCCCGUGAUGGUCUGGCUGCACGGUGGAGCCUUCUGCACUGGGAGCGCCGAUUCGACGGUAUACGACCCGGAGUGGCUGGUGGCGCAGGGUGUCGUCGUCGUAACGGUAAACUAUCGACUCGGACCGGCUGGAUUUUUGUGUUUACCGUCGGUGGGAAUCUACGGCAAUAUGGGGCUGAAGGAUCAACGGAUGGCGCUCGAAUGGGUGCGGUCAAAUAUCGGUCGCUUUGGGGGCGACGCUGGUAAUGUGACGCUGUUCGGUGAAAGUGCCGGUGCGGUUUCGACCCAUCUACACUGCCUAUCGGAGCGGUCCCGCCACCUGUUCCACAAAGCUAUCUGUCAAUCGGGGGUUGCGACUAGUUCGAUUACCUUUCAGAACGAUCCGGAGCGAAAGGCAAGGCGGUUGGCGGAGUUUUUCGGCUGUCCAGAGGGUGCUUCUGAUGACCUUGUGCUGGAAACGCUUAUGAAUGUGGCUCCGGACCAGCUUGCCAAACAUCAGAAAGAAGCGCUGACCGUGUAUGAGAAAACACUCGAUUCGGUUUACCCAUUCCGGCCAACGGUGGAAGUGCCCGAAGCGGACGAACCUGUAGUCACGGAGGAUGUGAUGGUUUUGCUGAAGCACCCGAACAGUGUGACCAUCCCCAUGAUCAUUGGAGUGACCAGUGAGGAGGCUCUGUACAAGAUAAACACCUUCCGUCUGCAUCUGGACCGGUACAGGACUGAAGUGACUCGCUUCCUUCCGGCCUCACUGAACAUUCCAUCGGACCGUCGACAGAAGGUAGCGCAAGACGUCAUAGAUUUCUACUGUUGCACAACCGGAAUCGCUCGCUCCACCGAACUGCAGAUGAGUAGAAUAUUUACCGACAUUUUCUACCUCAUCCCUGCGGUACAAGCGGCCGAGUUGCAUUUAAAGCACCAGACUGGGAGCAUAUUUUUCUACCAUUUCACCGCAGAAACGGAACUGAACAAAUUUCGCAAACUGUGGAAAGUGCCGGACGAACAUCGGGGUGCCAGCCACGCGGACGACGUUUGCUAUCUGUUCAGCUCGCCGUACUUCAAUACCGACGCCAUCGAACGGCAGUCCACGGGUUGGCAAUUAAGAGAAACAGUGUGCCAGCUGUGGGCCAGUUUCGCAAAAACUUCCUCCCCGUGCGCUACGACAAAUGAUGGCGUUGUGUGGACUCCACUGGAAAGCCCGGGCCCGUCGGAGAUUCAAUGGAUGGCGCUGGAGAUUGGUAACCAAGGGGUAAAGAUGAAGAGUCUUCCCAACAGGCGGAUUCAAUUUUGGAGAGAGCUAUAUCAAAAAUAUAACUGUUGGGAAUAA